AUGCGUCGGCGAGGAAACAGGAUGCCCUCUGGUCCUUGGGGGAGACUAAAGCCUGUCGAGCAAGAUCCUUUGCAGAGUGUUGGCUACCCUUCCAAGGGAGAUGGAAGGUUACUACACUCAGAGACUCAGAAAUGGUACUACAACCAGAUCAUAAGGCGUUUUCUAUCCUUUUGUACGGAUGCGGGCGAGAGAGACGAGUUGUUACGAAGGUUAGAUUCGCUUGAUAUAAGGGCAGUCGACGCUGCCUUGGCUUCAGCCCCCCGACAACCCACUCCUAAGCAACCACGAGGAACAACGGUACAGUCUACCGGAGUCACAGCUGCUACGGAGAAGCUUGCAUCAUUAUCAAUAGCGGGGCCUUCCAGCGAUGCUUCCCGUCUACCGUCUUCCGCCUCACUUCCGACCGUCGCUGAAUCUUCGACUUCGGCUUCAGCAAAGCCUUCCAAGGAGAUUCAACCAAUUAUUCCACCCAGCGGUCCAUCCGACUCUAUGAAGGCGGCUCUUCAGAAUCCUAGCAACACCAAGGAGCUUCAAGACGUUCUGAUGGCGCUUCGGAAACUUCGAGAGGGCCUGGUGGCCAGUAAGCGUGCCGAUGAGUUCGCCUGCCAGGCCUAUAUCUUUUCUAUUCGGUUGUCGAUAUUUGUCAAGCACCCUGAAUCAUACCACCCUGCCAUGCUUCAUCUCCUUCGAUACAUCGCCAAAUGGCACAACAUGCCACACGGUGAGCUCGCGGAAAUCGCUUCCUACUACGCCCUGGAUGCCGCGUGCCGGCGCAAGAACCUGGCCGAGGCGUAUUCUAUCAGAAACGACUUCAAGAUCAAGAACAGAAAGCUAGAUGUUAUACUGAGGGCGCUUGCCCACGACAAUUAUGUCGCUUGGCAGAACAUCAAGUACAAGGUGGACCUGCCAUUCAGCAAGCUGAUGGAAUGGGCAGACGACGACAUGAGGCUUCAUACCCUGAAAUGUUUUGGAGCCUCGUACCUUAACGUGGAUCUACCGUUCUUGGAAUUUUGCACCGGCCGCAAGUGGGAUGAGCUGAAAGAGAAGGACAGUGUUGGCUGGGAGCUAGAAGAAGAAAAGGUGACCAUUCGAAGGAUCAAGAAGAAGUGA